CAGCGCGUGUUUCAGAUUGUAGAUACUAGAUUUCAGAUAAGAUUUUUCCACUGGUUUUCCAAGAAUUUCGCUCCUUAAUCACUGUCAAAUCUAAUCUUAAUCAAUAUAUUGAUAUAUGCUAUUGUGAAUCAAUAAUUUCUUGCUCCAUCCAUCAUAGUUGCCUGUUAUGACUAGUCUAAUGGGAUAAAGUUCUCAGUGUCUUCUAUCAUUGUAUUUGCUCUGAAUGAUUCGCACAAACAUGUUACUGUUCAGCCCUUUCAUGUAGUUGUAUGUCUCCAUUUCGACAGGUAAGUACAUAAGGAAACUGAAACAAUGGCAUGCUAUGGACUGCUCAUCAAUAUUCGGAAGGAUGGUUCCACCGGUGCGGAAUUCCCUGUCACCAAAAAUGAAAUUACAUUUGGGUCACUUCUGUCGUGUGAUGUACGCUUGAAAGUUCCAGGCAUUGAAGAGACUCACUGCACACUCCUUGUCCACCCAAAUAGCUCUGCUUUACUAAGAAAUUUUUCUGCCAAAAACCCAGUUCUUGUGAACAAGAAACCAAUUUUGAAGAAUGAGCUACUUCAAGAAGGCGACAGGAUCACAAUCCUUGACAAAACUUUCAUGUGGCACAGUAGUUUUUCAAAGGCAGACAAAACAUCCCGUAAAUCAAUUGCAACAUGUGUCAACAGUCCUGUCAGACCAAAGAAGAACAAUGUACGCAAAUCUGAGCCGGGACGUAGGACACCGCUCAAGAGUUCUGUUUCAUCAGAACGGAUCAGUAUAGAGGCUCCAAAUUUAGCCCCUGGUACGACCAGAUCGAGCAAAAGCUUAGGUGCCGAAACAUCGGAAGAAAUUCCAGGUGUGACAGAAAGUUUAAGUCAAAACAUAACCGUGCGACGCAGAGGCAACAUGCAAGUUUCACCGAAGUCACCAAAGCAGAGCUUGUCCCCCCGGCGCAGUCUACGAGUAAGUAUCCACCGCAAGUCAAUUCUUCGCUCUACAGCUACACCGCGAACCAGGAAGUCAGUGAGAUUCAGUCGAAUGAUAGAAGGCACUCCAGAGCACACUAUUUGGAAAGUUCCACGAACGCCUGCCAAUACAUCUUUUAAUGCAUCUGCAUUGUCAUCCGAUAGCGACUCAGCAUCAAUUAUUGAUCUCACAAAUUGCACCGACAUCGACUCCGGGUCACAAGCCGACUCUGAAAUAUUCGAGUAUCUCUCUACGCCAGCAAAAUCCAUGAAAAGUGAGGUCUCUGAGGUGGAAGAUGUAACCAUUGCCACUUGUGGUGACUCCUCAUUGAGCACUAUGCUUAGUCCAUUUAACUCUGGAAAAUCUAGACAGCCCGCAACUCCGUACACAAGAUCAGCCUCAAAAUCAUUAAUUUCUUUUGAAACACCCAACUCUCAUUUGAAAUCAGUUGCCAAAUCGCUGAUCUCAUUUGAUACUCCAGCCCCUGUGCAGAUGGCAGAUAAGUCAUUAAUAUCUUUUGAUACUCCUGCUGAAACCAAGUCUGUGUCAAAUGAGAAAAUCUUAUCACUUAGAAAACAGACGCCUUUCAAAGCUGGGUCAUUGAUGAAACCAUCCUUAUCGGUAAAAAGUGCUUCAAGGCCUACACCCAGCCAGGCGAACACUCCCAAAUUAUUGGCAUCUCCUAAGUUUAAAUUUGACAGAGCUCAAGCCAAACCAAAACCCAAAGUCAAAGACCAAACACCAGUUCUGAAAACAAAAUUGAUUCCUUUGAAGAAGAAAGCAGCUCCAAAGACACCACUCCUGGAGCUUGCAGAAGUGUUCAAAACUCCUGGAAGACGAGAGGUAAAAACUCCUGUUAGCAGUAAGCUCGGAACUCAAGCAAAAACUCCCGUUAGCAGUAAGCUUGGAACUCAAGCAAAAACUCCUGUGGCAAGCAUCCAAACACCUAUGGCUGGGUCCUCGUCUGAUCUCAGAUUGUCAACACCCAAAGGGAGCUUGAACCUUAGGACAAGAACUCCUGCAACAGGUAUCCGAACACCUGCUAUUGGGGCUUCGUCCAGAGUGAGUUCCACCCUCAAAUCAUCAACAUCCAGAGAGGGCUCUAACAUGAAAAGUGGAAUUCCACGCUCAAUCAGGUCCAGUAUCCAGAAGGGGAUGCCGAUUGGUAAAACCAGGGGCACAACAUUUUUUGCUAUCGACUACAGCAAAGGCACACCGAAAGUUAAAGCCAAAACACCAUCGCAACCUGCACCAAGGUUUAAGUUCACAACCCUUCAUAGGGUGAAUGUUGAUUCAGAGAGAAAAGUUUCUCCGGAGACUGUCAAAGAUACAAAUGUGUAUCCAGAUGUUUCAAAAGUGAUUGAACUUGAUAACUCCGUAGAAAUUCUUAGCUCUCAUAGUCCAAAGCAAUUUGAAACUCCAUUGAAGAAUGACAGACAGUUGAGUGUGAAAACUGAAAGCACACGAAGGCUUUCUUCUCUGACUGAUAUUGUUGUUGUUCCAUGCGAAGCAAGUGAUAUACGUAAAUCUAGUUCUAAAUCUGGCAAAAUGCCAUCACAAUCUGAAGCUCUUUCUAAGGGGAACAUUGGAUUAUCAGUGGAAACUCCUUCAAAAAGAUCCCGAAUCUCCUCUCUCGCUGAAGUAGUUGUUGUCAAACCAGAAAUGGACAUAAUUCAUGAACCCGCAACUAAUUCUCCAGAACUUUGCAGGAAAUCUAUUCAGAAUGCGUCUCUGGCAGAAAUAGUAGUCAUCCCAGCAGAUACAAAUACUAUUAAUGCUAGUAAGAAGAGAGUUUCAGCCUGUCCAAGGGCAGCAAUCAAUGGGGAAAAUCUAAAUGUUAUCGCGGAAGGUCAAAGUCAUUUGCAAACCCAAGCACAGGCUAAGUCUUCGGAUUUACCCACUGAGGUCAAUGAUAGACUGAAUUCACCCCUAGUUGAAAAUAGUCCCGGUGUAUCAUCCCUGAAAUCUUCACCUUGCGAUCUUAGCAGUGUUUUUAAGACACCUCUAAAAACACCUUUGAAGACACCAGCAAGAAGCACGCGUGCAUCUGCAGCAAAGAAGAACAAUUUGGUUAGUGAGGAAAGAGCGAACACAAAAACACCAUUGAACUCUGUCAGAAAAAGCAGGGUCAAAGCUGCAGCUCAGAGUACUCCUAAUUUCUCCAUAGUAGAAGGUCUAUCUGUCAGUGGAAUUAGUGAUGUCUUUGAGUCUCCUGCAAAGACUCCUAGAAAAUCAACGCAGAGUACAAUAGCCCUUGGCUCAGAUGUAACCCAGCAAUCUUCAACUGAGACCCCUAGUAAAUCAACACUCAUCAAUGAUGCGACUGUCACAAUGCCUGAUGUGGAUUGCGAAGAAACACUCACAUUAUCAAAAUCAGCUGAACCCUCAACAUUGGCACUCAAGAGCAACCACAAGAAAGCAACCACCUCGCUAGAAGCAGAUGCAACUUUUGAAGUGCUAUCUCCAAAUAUCAGAUCAGUUAAUGAAGGAGAAAUAGACAGGGCCAACUUAUCUUCAGAAGUCAGUCAAAGUAAAACAGCCACAUACUCCAAUCCCGGAAUGCCUUGUAACUCAAAGACAAAUGCAUCUAUAGCUCUCACCAGUUCAGGAUCGGACGAAGUUGUCUUGUCGUUAAGUGUUGAAUCCAGUGGAUUUUCUGAUUCUCUUUUUGAAACCCCUAACAGAGUAACCCGUAACUCCACCUUUAGUGGCUCAAAAGUUAAUAUUCCCUCUAGCACUCCUGAAAAUCUAAUAGGAGCAAACAAAGAUGUGUGCUCUAAGAAAGCAAGGAUAGUCCCAAUAAUCAAAAUCAAUGAUGAAGUUUAUGAGACUCCCAUCAAAGCCUCUAAAUUACGAAAGUCUAAAACUCCUGUUUCUGUUGCUUCUCCUGAAAGGACAGAAAAUGAAAUAAUUGAAAAAUCGGUUUCCUCAACAUCUUCGCCCGAAGGCAUUCUGAAGUCUCCCUUAAAAUCAAAUUUGAAAAUGCUGCCAUCCUCUUGCAUUAGUGAUACGUCAGUGUCAUCAACAUCUAACUAUGAUAUGUCACCUGAAGUAGCAAUAGAGGGCAAAAUUUCCAAUGGAACCUUCUCUCAAGACAAAGAAAACUGUGAUGCAACAAAUCAAAACCCUGUCAGAAAAUUAAACGAAACCUACUCCCCAGAAAAGCAGAAUUUUGUUGCAGACAUGAUGAGAUCUCAAUACUCGGCAAAGAUGUUGCAAGAUUCAACCAAUGGCAGUAGAAUCCUUGAUGGAACUUUUGUCAAGACUCCGCUCAAUGUGAAUGAAUCGGAAUCUCGAUCGUUUGAUCUUGCUGAAAAACUUGAAGCAACAGGUAAAACACCGUGUAAAGUGACUCGCCAUUUUGUUGCCAACAGCUGCUCACCCACCAAGACUCCUCGGACUGUCAGAGAACCAGAAUCGCCCAUGCUUGAUCUUGCUGAGACAUUCAAAACACCCGGUAAAGUGACUCGCCUUUCUGUCGCUAAAAGUUGCGCUUCUACCGAGACUCCCCUCAAAGUGAGAGAACCAGAAUCGCCGCUGCUUGAUCUGGCUGAGACAUUCAAAACACCCGGUAAAGUGACUCGCCUUUCUGUCGCUAAAAGUUCUACUUCUACCAAGACUCCCCUCAAAGUGAGAGAACCAGAAUCGCCCAUGCUUGAUCUUGCUGAGACAUUCAAAACACCUGGUAAAGCAACUCACCAUUUGGUGGCUCAUAGGUGCACGCCUACCAAGACUCCCCUCAAAGCGAGGGAACCAGAAUCGCCCAUGCUUGAUCUCGCUGAGACAUUCAAAACACCUGGUAAAGCGACUCACCAUUCGGUGGCUCAUAGGUGUACGCCUACCAAGACUCCCCUCAAAGCGAGGGAACCAGAAUCGCCCAUGCUUGAUCUCGCUGAGACAUUCAAAACACCUGGUAAAGCGACUCGCCAUUCGGUGGCUUAUAGGUGCACACCUACCAAGACUCCUCUCAAAGCGAGAGAACCAGAAUCGCCCAUGCUUGAUCUCGCUGAGACAUUCAAAACACCUGGUAAAGUGUCUCGCCACUCUGUUGCUACUAAUCAAACACCUGCUAAGACUCCUCUGAAAAUGAUUCAUCCUGAGUCACGGUCAUUUGAACCUACUGAGACAGUUAUGACGUCCAUUGGGGGCUCUUAUGAGAAUACCAAUUUUGGAGAAAUACCCGAUGAAAGUGUACUGAACUAUGAAUACUCUUCUGCAUCCUCUGGCUCUGAGCUAAAAACACCUGCCAAACUGAGGGAGAGAAUGUCAUUAGUUAACGACAAACAGAAGGCUCAUCCAGUCAGAGACAUCACUUCUAUACCUGAAACCUCAAAUAAAAUAUCAGAUUAUGUUGAGUCUACUCAAUCAUCCACAGAGGUUAAUCGCAUCUCAGCUGCCACUCCUAGAUUCACACGCAAUUCCUUAGCCAUCUGCAAUCUUGAAAAAGCUACAAAAACUCCAAAUGGCUCUCAAAAAAUUGAAAAAGCUAGCGAAGAGUCAAAUUCGCUUUCAGUCAACAAAAAGCGACUGUUUCAAAAUCUUUCACAGCAAGUGAAUAGUAUCACAGAAGAUACAUCAUCAAAUUUGGACAACACCAUUGAGUUAAAUCUUUAUGACAUUUUUGCUACACCUGAAAAAUUCGCCUCAGCGCAGGGCUCAAGAACGCCAAUGAGCAAUGGUCCGUAUCAGCCUGAAACCCCAAGUACAUCUGGAUUCGAAUUUGGUAAACUUCUUUCUUCUGCUCUUAACACGGCCAAUGCUGUCGAAAAUGUUAGUCUCACACCAUUGGCAAAAUCUGCCUCUAAGACAGGCAUUCGGAACUCAGCAGUAAAACCAACAGGUUCUACACUGACUGAAACUAGCAUUUGUUACCCACUCAAUGAUUCCAUCACUAAAACACCUUUAACAUUAAACAAAAGUUUAUUGAGCAAAGGCAAUUUUGACCCUCUAUGUUUGUCAAAUAAUUCAGCCAUCAAUAGCCCUGUAAAUACAGCUCAGCUGGAAAGUUUUUGUGGAAAUCUAGCCAACACCUCCGAACUCAAAAGCUCCCCCUCAUCACACCUGACAAAACCUUCAUCCUUGAAAAAGACUCCCAGAAGUGCCAGAAAAAGUUGCUGCCCUUCAACACCUGAAAGUUCUUUGAGAGUAGAAUUAGAAGCACUAUCUGCAAGUGGCGGUAAGCUGAAGGAUAAGGUUUCAAAAUCCAAUGCUGAGAGUCCCUUAUUACUGGACAAGCUUUUUGAAGAAUCCAGAAGCAAACUGCAAACCCCAUCCUUUAAAAACUCACAAUCAGGUACGGUUAGUUCAUAUUUGAGUGCUGUUUUAGACUGGAAAACGGGUGAACCUUGUAACGAAACAGUAUUGAGCCCUAAUACAACCAUGUUCGACUUCAAUGCAGUAAAAACUCCAAACGUCCCAAAAGAUAUGUUCGUGUCACCAUUGCGUGCAAGUGAUAAGACCUCCGAUAGCUCUGACGGAGAAUCUAAUCUUAAAUCCGCCAGAGGAAGUUUGAAAAACUGUGCAUCAAACACUAUGUUCAACUCAAAAUCAGAACUAGCGAAUUAUGUGGAAGAAAAGUUGAAAGUUGUUGGCUCUGGUAGAAGCAGCACCAAAAAGAAAAAGCUCAAUCGAGCCUCCAGUUCAUCAAGAUCGUCCAUCAGAAGCUUGUCCAGACACCCUGGAAGUGCAACCAAUCGCCAGAGUGGUUCAUCCAAAGGAAGUAGUUUUACUGCACGAAAAAAGAGAGUAUCAACUCCUAAAGUGCCUAAACGAAAACUGAGAUUCCAUGCAGAUGUUUUGAGCUCACCUGAUUCUGAAUCGGAGAACCAAGUUUCAAAUGAGGUGGAAGUAACUAUGUCUGUGAGGAGCACAAGAAACUCAAAUUCAGUGGCUUCAGCCAGACGCAGCACGAGGGGCAAAACGCAUAAGGGAGAAAUUUCUGCACCCUCCAAAAAGGCCCCUAAAGCAGCUCAGUCUAACUCCAAAGUAGCGAACAAGUUGUCAAAAAGCAAAAGCUCUGAUUUAGAGUCGGCUGAAGUUUUAUCUGCUGCUCCUGUCAAAAAGCAGAAAGGUACGGUUGCAAAAUCACAGUCAUGUAGAGCCUUAAGAUCUAAAGUGACGUUUGAUGUGGACGAGGAAAAAACAUCACCUGUAGCAAAGAAGCGCAAGUCUCCUCAGACUCAAGUUCCAGCAAACGUUGGUGGAAAACGAAGGAAAACUAGAGAAGAAACAGAAGAGUUAGUACUUUCCGCACCACAAAAGAAGACCAGAGGAAAAGUAGCCGCUUCUAAAUUGAAGCUUGAAGACGAAAUUCCCUCUCCCCUCAAGAAAGUAACCACAAAACCACUGAAAAAAGGAUCAUCAGUGAGUCAGCGGAAGGCAACGUCUAUAAUUUCUGAAAUCCAAAGCCCUCUUGUUGAAAACGAAGAGGGUGAUGUGGUGAUGCCCUCCAUGUUCGAUAGAGUAAAAAAUCGCAAAAGAGUAUCGAUAAACUCACCACAAAAUCCAGCUGAAGAGCCUGCAACUAGCAGACGUAAAACGCGAUCUAUUUUGUUUGAAACCGGAAAAACUCAGACUACCAGUUCAACGCUAAAAGUUAAUAAGAAGGCUCAAACUAUAUCUGACAGUUCUAGGAGGCGCACAAGAGCUGCAGCAGAGCCCAUUCAUAUCAAGGCUCCUGGAAAAGAUAAACAAAAGUCAACUAAAAAAACCACAGCGCAAGUUGUACCUGAACCUGAUGUGUCUGAAGAGGAAGUAACUGUACGCCCAAAAAGAAGCACUAGAGCCGCAACAGAACCCUCAAAAUCUACAGACAAGGCUGUUGGAGAAAAUGAACCAAAAACUGUUCGGAGAGCUAUGGCCAAAGUUGUACAUGAACCUGAAGAGUCUGAAGAGAGCGUUACAGUCCUUCCAAAAAGACGUACGAGAGCUACAUUAGAAUCUUCAAAUCCUGCUAAUAAGGCUGUUGGAGAAAUCAAACGAAAGAACACUCGGAGAACUGUGGUCAAAGUCGUACAAGAACCCGAAGAGUCUGAUGAGAGAAUUACCGUCCUCCCAAGAAGACGAACAAGAGCUGCAGUAGAGCUCAUGGAACCAGUAAACAAAGCUGCCCAAGAAAGCGGACAAAAAUCUACUCGAAAAACCAAGGCCGCAGCUCUAGGUGAAGCUGAACUGUUACAGGAGGAAGGUACCCUGCCUACUAAAAGAAUUCGCACCAAAAAAGAGGAAAACUCUUCAAAAGUUGAAGAGCCUAAUUUGGAGCAAAUCAUAAAAGAACCUGCAACCAAAAAAUCUUCCACAAAAACUGUGCCUGUCAAAAACACCAAGGGAAAAACGGAUACCAAGCCGUUAGCAAAACAAGGAAUGCCUCCUUCAAAAAAACCCACCUCUAAAGGAACAAAGCGGGAGGCCUUGAAGAAUGUGCAGUCCCCAUCACCUGCGCAGCGAAAGGUGAGGUCUAAAGUAGAAGUUUGUGAUAAAGAAAACGAUGAGAAUACAGCACCUCCUCAAAAAAAAACCAGAGGGAAGAAACCAGCCGUGCCUUCCAAAAGAGUUUCUGAAGAGAAGAAAGUUAGAGUCUCUUUAGGCCGGCGCGUCACACGAAGUCGAAAAUAAGGCCAAAUCAGUGUACUUGCACAAAACUUUUUCAGAAUUUUCAUCUUCUUACUCGCUACAAGGAUCCCUCUCACUUAUUCUCUUCUUUUUCUUUCUCCCUUGUACUCAAAGAUUUUAUUAAUUCUAUAAAUUUUAGAAAGUGGCCGCAAAAUUUCUGAGAUCAAUGAGUGCAAUUGUACAAUUUUAUAGCACUGCUUACAUUAUUACUUUCGGCUGCCACUUUUCGUUUCUGUCCUUUUACCCCAUUUCAAAAUGUAUCCAAACUUUCUAUUUGUGUAACUAAAUUCGUAUUUAUAUGCUGUAAAUUCAAAUUAAGAAGUAUUAAGUGAAUUACCUGUUACUAUUUAAGCCUUUUUUUUUUUAAACUUUUAAAUAUUUUUUAAUGUUUCAAGAUGAAACUUGAAAUGAAGUUUAGUCAAGUUGUGACAGAUCUUAGAAUUUCUUUUUAGACUUUCUGUUAUCUUUGAAGUGAACUUCUCCAGCCUGCAGGCUGGCUAUUGAAAUUGAUUGACCAAGUAAUAGACAGAGUGGACAAGGAGAAAGAAGAGCAAUCUUAUUUGUUGAGACAGAUGGUUGUUAUAGACUACGGGUGAAAAUAAUGGACCAGUUAGUCUUUUUCUAUUUUCCUUUUUCCACUGUAACCUCCCGUUUUCACCGAUAAGAUUGCUCUAUUUUCUCUGCGUCUUCUUUGUCUAUCAAUUUCAAUAAUCAGCCUGUCGCCAACUUUUGAUUGAUUCGUUUUUCCCCCAAAGGUAUUUUUUAAAAAGCGGACAUCUAUUAAUAUUAUGAAUAAUAGUAAAAUUAAUUUUUCACGUCCAUAAAAGUUAUUCUUUUGAUCAAAACUUUCACAAUAUUUUGCCUCUGAAAUGAAUUUGCACCCAUGUCACAAUUAGUUGUUCAGUCAUCUGUUUUUUUUUUUAAAAAAAAAAAGUGUUUUUUACAAAAGAGAGUGAAAACACUUUUGGAAUUUCAUUGUUCUUUUCCGUGAGAUUAUUUUUUUUUACAUAUCUAGGAUAAGCUAGAAAACUAUGUAUCACAAUUUGUGACAGUGAAAUCCGUGCCUUAAAUGAUUUUUACUAAAGAAAGCAACCCACAAAUGUUUUACAAGUUGACUGUGAUUUUUUUCUUUUUUCUUUUUAACCAGUCUUAAAAAAUUGCAUGCGAUAAUAUCAGUUUCUCAGUCACUUUUAGAAAUAAAGGUGUGAUUAGAAUUAAUGAGACAUAGUAAUGGAGGCUUUAGCUUUCCUGUUUUUACCAUCAGUAUGAUGUAACAGAAAACAUCAAUUUUACUUAUAACCUAAUCGAGUCAGUGGGUUCAUUUUUUCCUGUUUAUGAAUGUAAGCCAAAGCUCCGACUCUGUAGGCAUUACCUCUCAUGUAAAUCUCUUUAUAAUUUGCAUUGUAAAUUUCCUAUAACAUCCGGACUAUAAUAAACUUUAUCUGUAAAUUUUCAAUCCUUGAA